GAGGAGGAGGAGGAGCGGACUCAGGUGCAAGCAGUCAUUUCACGGGGGAAGGAGAGAAAUAGCGACAGAAGCUCUAGCCGCACCACAGUAACUAGGACUCCCCUGUCAAGCAGUUCAUCAUAGCGGCUGGUAAGGAUGCCUGUAGGUGAGACAGAACGCUAUAUUGCUUUAACAAAGAAUUGGAGAAAGUAGUGAUUUUAUACGUGCUCUGCUGCUUAUAGAGGAAGGGAAUGAAUAGCCGGAAAUAUUCUGGGAUGAUAUAAAAUCCAGAAGGACUUUCUGUACAGCGUGGCGAUGCACGACUGGAAAUUAACUCCAAAAAGAACGCUUUCCCUCAAACUGCGGCAACAGCAUUGAAAAUUCUUCUCUUCUAGUAUCUGAAAUUCUUCCUGAAGAUGCAGCAAGGACUAUCAAAAACAUCAGAGAGAUUCUGGUACUUUUAAAGAGACUUAAAGCAAACGCUAGCGUAAUAGCUGAAUGACCUUGGAGAUCAUUUUAUGUGGAUUCAUUAAUUCCCACUGCCAGUCUUCUAGUUUCAGGAACUCUAGGAUUAAAGAUGGUUUUAACAUUUUAGGGGCCUUUCAAAAAGCAAGACUGCGUACAAUUAAUUACCUGCCUAAUGAUUCCUGAACUAAUCAAGCAUUUACGUAAAACUGAACACAGAAGAUGCUUUCUUUUAACGUUUGCUUUCUCCGUAACUGCAAAUAAAAUGAACAAGGUAAUGUCCUGCAAUUAGAAGAACAUUUUUUUAAAGAAACUAGUUAUGAUGCUGAUUGUCUAAUAAAUACAGAAGCCCUAAAACUACAUAGAAGAUGAAGCUGAAUAACAGAAUAAUGGAGUAGUAAACAAUGGCAGCUUUUCUAGUCAAAUCAGCAUUUCAUUAGCUUCACAGCAGAAUGCAGAUGGAAGUUUCUGUUCUCGUUGUAUGGGGGUUUGUGAAAUGAUUCAGGUGUUGCUACAGAGCUAAGGUGUGCCACAGGUGAUGCACUGAUGCUGAGGAGGCAUCAACAGCUAUGGGACUGUAAUCCUCUCAAAUGUAAGCACUGGCAGUGUCUACAAAGAGAGAUCGUGAGACGCUGAAGCAGAGUUUAGCUGCUGUUAAGCAGGUCAUCUGCUCACUAAGGCUCAGAUUGCAGUGUUCCCUAAUCACAAAACAUGAACCAGUCACGAUGGAUUGAAUGGAGGACUCUGAAUAUGAGCAGUAGUGUUAUGAACAUAUCUGAGCAUCUCUCCUGCCCUCUUGGAUUUGGUCACUACAAUGCAGUUGACAUCUGUAUCCUUGAGACAGUUGUUAUUGUCUUGCUAACAUUUUUAAUUAUUGCGGGUAACUUAACUGUGAUAUUUGUUUUUCACUGUGCUCCACUUCUGCAUCAUUAUACCACCAGCUAUUUUAUUCAGACCAUGGCCUAUGCUGAUCUUUUUGUUGGAGUUAGCUGCUUGGUUCCUACUUUGUCACUGCUCCACUACUCGACAGGUGUCCACGAGUCCUUGACUUGUCAAGUUUUUGGAUAUAUCAUCUCUGUGCUAAAAAGCGUAUCUAUGGCAUGUCUUGCUUGCAUCAGUGUGGAUCGCUAUCUCGCUAUAACAAAGCCUCUCUCCUAUAAUCAACUGGUCACACCUUGUCGCUUGAGAAUCUGCAUCAUUUUGAUCUGGAUAUACUCUUGUCUGAUCUUCUUGCCUUCCUUUUUUGGUUGGGGAAAACCUGGUUACCAUGGAGAUAUUUUUGAAUGGUGUGCUACCUCCUGGCUAACUAAUGCCUAUUUUACUGGCUUUAUCGUGUGCUUACUAUAUGCUCCUGCUGCCUUUGUCAUAUGUUUCACGUAUUUCCACAUCUUUAAAAUUUGCCGGCAGCACACCAAAGAGAUAAAUGAUCGGAGAGCUCGAUUUCCUAGCCACGAAGUGGAUGCUGCUGGGGAGACUGGGCACAGCCCCGAUCGCCGCUAUGCCAUGGUUUUGUUUCGGAUAACCAGUGUGUUCUACAUGCUGUGGCUCCCCUAUAUCAUAUACUUUCUGCUGGAGAGCUCUAGGGUGUUGGAAAACCCAGCACUUUCCUUCUUAACAACGUGGCUUGCUAUAAGCAAUAGUUUCUGCAACUGUGUGAUUUAUAGCCUCUCCAACAGCGUUUUCAGGCUGGGACUGCGGAGACUGUCAGAGACAAUAUGUUCAUCUUGUAUGUGUUUAAAAGACAGGGAUGUACGGGACCUUAAACCACGAAAACGGGCUAAUUCCUGCUCCAUUUAAAGAAAACUAGCGCAUGUAAUCAUACGCGGAGUUUUAAUAGUAUUUGCUGUACCUGGAAACUUGCCAGAAGAGAAAUGUUUACUUGAAUAGCUUGCUAUGAUGUUAGAGUGAGUUUAAAAGUGAUUGCGGAAAAGGAAAAGGCUGCUGUAAGAGGGGUCACUGAACUUGAAUAUAGCUCUUGUGAAAUUGUGAGGAGAGCAAUUCGACAGAGACUAUGAAGAAAGUCAGAACUAAAAAUCUUCUAAAGGGCAUGAAAUAACUACCACAUCAGAGGAGGUUCCUCAUAAAAUAAAUUGGUUAGUUACUACCUUAUAUUUUCCCCCUUGUAGAAAAGUUGUCUUACUAUCUUUGUGUCAGAAUAUACUGUAGCCUUCUGAAUUUAAAUAUAUUUAAGAGGAAACAACAACACAGUAAGCGGCUAUCCGUAAAUUAUAUACCUGAGGACUAUAGUAGAUAUUGCAGAUUAAUAAUCAGCUCUAUCUCUGCUCACAUCUUGUACAAUUUUCAGUUGUACAAACAAUCCGCAAUGCGUAAAACCUGCACUGGGCAUGCUUUUGGAUAAAAUGGCACAUUUUGGUACAACUUUCACAGAAGCUCUCCCUCUCAUUUCCCCUUUUUUUCCAUUCUGUGCAUCCCUAGAUUCCAUUGCGUCCAAGUGGUUUAGUUGGAGGGCACCUAUGAGGUAAACUGAGUUUGAAACCAUUCUUCCUGCAGAAAGCAAUAGCCCUUCCUGGCUGGCUGGGUAACUGCAGCUGCCCAUGUACAAUGACUUCUUCAAUCUUUCAUUCUCUUGAUUCUGUUAAAUUAGCACACAAUAUCAAUGUAGUGUCCUUUAGGGUGUACUAAAGCUUUUCCGUUAUUGGCUACACAGAUAAUCCUAAUGCAAAUAUGGUAAUUGCACACAGUAGUGUGCAUCACUGCUUAG